AUGCUUAAUAUUCUCGUUUUAGGAAACGGUGCAAGAGAACAUGCUCUUGUCACCAAGUUAGCUCAGUCACCCACCGUGGCCAAGAUCUACGUCGCUCCAGGUAAUGGAGGGACUGCUACCAUGGACCGCUCGCGCGUAGUGAACUGGGACGUUACCCCAGACGUUGAAAACUUUUCUCGUUUGCAGUCGAUGGCUGUGGAGCACAAGAUCAAUUUGGUUAUCCCAGGCCCAGAGUUGCCUCUGGUCAACGGUAUCACCACCGUGUUCCAUAACGUCGGUAUCCCUGUGUUUGGGCCUUCCGCAAAAGCUGCUCAGUUAGAGGCCUCCAAGGCGUUCUCCAAGAGAUUCAUGUCUAAGCAUAGCAUUCCUACCGCAUCUUAUGAUGUCUUCACCAAGCCAGAGGAGGCCAUUUCGUUCUUGAAAGCGCACCCUGACAGAGCCUUUGUCAUCAAAGCUGACGGGAUUGCUGCAGGCAAGGGUGUCAUCAUCCCCUCCAAUAUCGACGAGUCCAUCCAGGCCAUCAACGACAUCAUGGUCAGCAAACAGUUCGGUGAAGACGCCGGCAAACAGGUUGUUAUCGAGCAAUUCUUGGAAGGUGACGAAAUCUCCUUGCUCACAAUUGUUGAUGGGUACUCCCAUUUCAACUUGCCCGUAGCUCAGGACCACAAGAGGAUCUUCGACGGCGACCAAGGUCUAAAUACCGGUGGAAUGGGUGCUUAUGCCCCCGCUCCUGUUGCUACACCAUCUCUUUUGAAGACCAUAGAUUCCCAGAUCGUAAAGCCUACGAUCGAUGGGAUGAGACGUGACGGUAUGCCCUUUGUCGGUGUGCUGUUCACCGGGAUGAUUCUGGUGAAGGACACCAAGACCAACCAAGUCGUACCCGAAGUGUUAGAAUAUAACGUUAGAUUCGGUGACCCAGAGACACAGGCGGUUUUGAGCUUGCUCGAUGACCAAACCGAUUUGGCUCAAGUCCUCUUGGCUGCCGCUGAGCACCGUUUGGAUUCCGUCAACAUCGGUAUUGACAGCACAAGAUCCGCCGUGACUGUUGUAGUGGCUGCCGGAGGGUACCCAGAGUCAUACGCCAAAGGCCACAAGAUUACUUUGGACACUGAUAAGUUGCCAUCUCACACACAAAUUUUCCAAGCAGGUACCAAGUACGAUGCCGCCACUGAUUCUCUAUUGACCAACGGUGGUAGAGUUCUCUCAGUGACUUCUACCGCCCAGGAUUUGAAAACCGCGGUAAACACAGUAUACGAAGCCAUCAAAUGCGUUCACUUCCAAGACGCCUACUACAGAAAAGACAUAGCAUACCGCGCAUUCCAAAAUCCGGAAUCUUCAAAGGUUGCCAUCACAUAUGCAGACUCCGGUGUCUCUGUCGAUAACGGUAAUAACCUUGUGCAGUCUAUCAAAAACAUGGUCAGGUCCACUAGAAGACCAGGUGCCGAUUCAGAUAUCGGUGGAUUUGGUGGUCUUUUCGACUUGGCUCAAGCCGGUUUCCGUCAAAACGAAGAAACCCUACUAGUGGGUGCCACUGAUGGUGUCGGUACCAAAUUGAUCAUUGCCCAAGAAACCGGCAUUCACAAUACCGUUGGUAUCGAUCUGGUGGCUAUGAAUGUCAAUGAUUUGGUAGUCCAAGGUGCCGAACCUCUGUUCUUCCUAGAUUAUUUUGCCACUGGUGCCCUUGACAUCCAAAUCGCAUGCGAUUUCGUGUCUGGUGUCGCCAAUGGGUGUAUUCAAAGUGGAUGUGCUCUUGUGGGUGGUGAAACUUCUGAAAUGCCCGGUAUGUAUCCACCUGGUCAUUACGACACUAACGGUACUGCUGUCGGUGCCGUAUGCAGACAAGAUAUCCUACCUAAGAUAAAUGAAAUGUCCUCAGGCGAUGUUCUUUUGGGUCUUGCCUCCAGUGGUGUUCACUCCAAUGGUUUCUCCUUGGUCAGAAAAAUUAUCCAACACGUCGCAUUACCAUGGGAUGCUCCAUGUCCUUGGGAUGAAUCGAAAACAUUGGGUGAAGGUAUCCUUGAACCAACAAAAAUUUACGUUAAGCAAUUGUUGCCAUCAAUCAGACAAAGACUGUUACUAGGUUUGGCUCACAUCACAGGUGGUGGUCUAGUGGAGAAUAUCCCAAGAGCAAUCCCAGAUCAUCUACAAGCCCGCGUGGACAUGUCCACCUGGGAAGUACCCCGUGUCUUUAAAUGGUUCGGCCAAGCAGGUAAUGUUCCACACGACGACAUCCUAAGAACUUUCAACAUGGGUGUCGGUAUGGUCUUGAUCGUCAAGAAGGAAAACGUCAAGGCUGUCUGUGAUUCAUUAACCGAAGAAGGCGAAACCGUUUGGGAACUUGGUUCUUUGCAAGAAAAACCAAAGAAUGGUCCCGGCUGUGUAAUUGAAAACGGAACCAACCUUUACUAA